UCGUAAUAUGCAGUCCGCACACCAUACUCCUUUUCGAUAGAUAGAAAUCCCUCCUCAGGAGGUAUCCGAUCGAAGAUGGCUACGUUGGCGCCUGCUUCGGCGAGACCGCGCGCAAAGGCAAGGCCGCAGCCCCGGGCACCGCCGGUGACGAGGGCAGUUCGACCUUGGAGGGAGAACUGAGCUGUUAGUUUUGUUAGAAAUUGUCCUGAGGGGAUCGACUCACUCGAGACAUAAUGGACGUAAUACUGGGAUGGAUCUGCUGGCGAUUGCUGGAAGCUGUUUGCCCCGACCGCAGGGUGUACUUAUUCUCCCCGCAAAUGAUAUGAUAAGAUUGAUGCAUCCCCUCAUGCCCGACCCCCAUUCUUGUCAGGCACAUGCUUAUCCCCCAUUUUAGGUGCAGAAGAAACCACUCAGCUGGAGCUAGAACUGGCUUUAUAUCAUGGCGUAGAGCGUAUCCACUGGAACGUCCACCACUUACUGUUGUAUACAGGAUUGAUACCAUGGCGCCCCCUAUCCACAUCAAAGAGAAGCGCUCCCUCCCCGACAACUGUCGGUUGCAGAUCAUCAUCAUCGGCGCCGGUCUCGCCGGCCUCGGCACCGCCAUCUCGUGCCUCCUCGCCGGACACGACGUACACGUCCUCGAAGCGACGCACGAGAUCCGUGAAGUAGGCGCCGGUAUCCAAGUCCUCCCGAACAGCUCCAGAGUGCUCAAACACUGGGGUCUAGAACCAGCUCUCACACCACACAUGACACACCCGCGCGUCUGCAACUUUCUACACUGGAAGGGCGAGAUCAUAUCUAGCUUGAGUUUCGUUGACUCGGCGAAGCAGUACCCGGGCACGUGGUAUCGCGAUUUUCACCGCGCGGAUUUACAGCGCUGUUUGCUGGAAAGAGCGGAGGAGUUAGGAGCGAAGAUUACCUGCGCUGCUAGGGUUGUAGAUAUCCUUCCAGAUGAGGACGGGGCCAUGGCGACGGCGGUGGCGAGUGAUGGACGCUCGUGGAGGGGGGAUCUGGUUGUUAGUGCUGAUGGAGUGUUUGGGAAGUUGACGGAGGUUAUGUUGAAGAGGCCUGAUCCGCCGAUUAAAACCGGGGAUUUGGCGUAUCGGUUGUUGUUGUCCACGGAGGAGAUGUUGAAGGAUCCGGAGUUGAGGGGCUUUGUGACUGAUCCUCAGGUUAAUUAUUGGUUGGGGCCGGAUAAACAUGCUGUGAAUUAUGUCCUACGACAAGGGGAACUGUUCAAUAUGGUGCUGCUUGUGCCUGAUGAUAUUCCGGAGGAGUCGUUGGCUUCGACGGUCGAGGGCAAUGUGCAGGAAAUGUGUGCGUUGUUCGAGGGAUGGGAUCCAAGGAUUCAAAAACUUCUCAAGCUCUGCCAAUCGGUGCACAAGUGGCGUCUCUGCAUCCGCUUCGGCGACUACGACUGGACGCAUCCUUCCGGGGCAUGGGUGAUGCUAGGCGACUCUGUGCAUGCUACACUGCCUUAUCUUGCUUCUGGUGCAGGAAUGGCCUUCGAGGACGGCGCCGUCCUCGGCGAAUGCCUGUCUCGUCUCCCAUCGGGCCCUAACGUCUCAAAAUCCUCAGCUGAGUUCAUCGCCGCUAAGCGUCACGCUCUUGCCGUAUUCGAGAAAUGUCGGAAGCAGCGCACGCAAAUGGUCGUGGAACGGGGUAAUACACAACAGUAUCUGUAUCAUUUGCAUGAUGGGCCAGAGCAGGAGGAGCGCGAUCGGAAGAUGCGCAUGGUGCCUACGCCCGAAGGGGAGGCGCUGGCGUGGAGGGAUCCGGGGUUGGCGCCGAAGUUGUUAGGAUAUGAUCAUAUUGCGGAUGUGGAUGCAAACUGGGAAACAGUGGGCGAAAAGAUGGAGGUAGAGGUAGCGAGGUUGUGAGUACUGCAUAAGAGUUGAGUUUUUUGCUCUAGCUGAAGGGAUGGCAGACAUUAGAGGCUAUAAGGAUACUUGUGGAAAUGACGUGUAUACUUUACUACUGGAAUACAAUAUCAUAUUUCUAUAUUGGGGAUGCAAAGAUGUGGACUUGAGACUUGUUAA